GCCAAAGCUGAAUCCCUCUCUCUCUGGAAUCGCUUGGACGCCAUUGUUCUCCAAUGGAUUUACGGGACUAUAUCACACGAUUUGUUGCACACUAUUAUUGAACCGGAUUCCACGGCUUAACAGGCUUGGGAGCGUCUGGCUGACAUAUUUCAAGACAACAAAAACACUCGGGCUGUUCAUCUAGAGACUCAAUUCUCUAACACCCGUCUUGAAAAUUUUCCCAAUGUCACCUCCUAUUGCAAAGCUCUCAAAACUCUCGCCACUCAGCUAGCCAACGUGGGUUCCAAAGUUGAUGAACCACGUCUUGUUCUGCGGAUGGUCAACGGCUUGACCGAAACAUAUGACACAGUUGCUUCAUUUAUCCAGCAGAGUAAUCCUCUUCCCAUAUUCUACAAGGCUCGUUCCAUGAUUCUUUUGGAAGAGACCCGUAAGGCUCAGCAAUCUGGAGUCACAUCUGCGGCUGCUUUGAUUCAUACCGGCAGUCCAUCCCCGGCACCGACUUCUCCUCGCCCGCCUCGAUCCGUUUCUCAUGGUCGGGGCCGUACCUCUCGCCCCAACAAACCCCGCAAUUCGGCCCCUACACAUGGAGCUCCUGGUUAUUCGGCCAGCCCCUGGCCCAUGCCGCCUCCAUGGGUUUUUUAUCUGCCACAUCAAUGGACCCCUCCAUGCCCCUAUCCCACUACUGGCACGAGUGCUAUGGCUCCACGCUUUGCAAAUCCUGCCGCCGGUAUUCUUGGACCUCGACCGGCGCAGGCUCACACCACCAGUUACAUGCAACCCACCGACAUUGCCGCCGCCAUGCACACCAUGUCCCUAACACCUCCUGAUGCAAAUUGGUACAUGGACACCGGCGCCACUUCGCAUAUGACGGCGAAUCAAGGAUCUCCGGACGGGCAUUCCGGUCAUGAGGUGUAAUAGUUCAGGAGAAUUAUAUCCCGUCCUCCCAUCCACAGUUGCUUCUUCUAGUUUUGCAUCAUCCUUCUUGGCUGUCUCGGCGGAUAUCUGGCAUAAUCGUCUGGGUCAUCCAGGGGAUCCCAUUUUUAGUCAUCUUAGCACUAAUAAAUUUAUUACUUGUAAUAAAGUAUGUUCUGCUUCAUGUAUCUCGUGCCAACUAGGCAAGCAUAUUAAAAUUCCAUUUCCUACUUCUAGGACUACUACAUAUGCUCCGUUUGAUAUAAUACAUAGUGACCUAUGGACUUCACCCGUUUUAAGUUCUUCGGGACACCGAUAUUAUGUCUUAUUUCUU